GCGGGGUGUGCGUUGUUUACUGACAAUUGGGUGAUUUGAAGUACGUUUCCUUGACCGGCUCAGAGGAAUAUCUUCGCAACCACAGCUUCCAAAAUGUCCACCGUUACCGCAACGGCGCUGCAAAGCUCGCGUCCGCCCAUCCUGCCCAAGAAUUUCUCUGCGAAGCAACCGGAGACGAUCCGUCUGUACCCUCUCUCAAACUACACCUUUGGUACGAAAGAGACGCAGCCGGAAGAAGACCCCUCGGUGCUGGCGCGGCUGAAGCGUCUCGAGGAACAUUACGAGAAACAUGGCAUGCGACGCACCUGCGAGGGUAUCCUGGUGUGCCAUGAGCAUAACCACCCACACGUCCUGAUGCUGCAGAUUGCAAACGCCUUCUUCAAGCUACCCGGUGAUUAUCUCCACCAUGACGACGACGAGGUCGAGGGCUUUAAGAAGCGGCUCAACGAACGGCUCGCUCCUGUGGGGUCGCAGUUCUCGGGAGAGGGGGUAAAUGAGGACUGGGAAGUCGGCGAUACCCUGGCGCAGUGGUGGCGGCCUAAUUUCGAGACCUUCAUGUACCCGUUUCUUCCGGGCCAUGUCACUCGACCAAAGGAGUGCAAGAAGCUUUAUUUUAUUCAAUUGCCCAAGAAGAAGGUGCUCUCCGUUCCGAAGAACAUGAAACUUCUCGCCGUCCCGUUGUUCGAACUCUACGAUAACACAGGCCGCUACGGCCCGCAGCUCUCGGCGAUUCCGCACUUGCUGUCCCGGUAUAACUUCGAGUUCGUGGAUGAGAACGACAACAUCGUUGCCGUCACGCCGGGGACCCCUCUACAUGAAGACCAGGUCCCUCGGACCAAGGUCCUUGCGGGCGAUGGUGUGGAUGAUGGGCAGGAUACGGGCAUGGCAGAUCUCCCGGCUGAAGGGGGAAAUGGCGAGAGUGCCCAAUAAACGAAUCCAGCCAGUGGGAUAAACAAAUGAACGAGUCACUUUGUUGUCUAUCAGGUGCCUAGGGUGGUCAGGGCAAAAGCGACUUCUCAUGUAUUGUGCUUUAUAGGAGAUGAUGGUUUUUCCAAUCGGUUGGCGUUUUCAGGAGC